CUAAACGAAGAUGGCGUCCAUCGAGACAAUCUCGACGUCUGAAGAAAUUUCUCCGCGUUUCCAAAAGCUUCUUCGAGGAGUGUCCGAUGAACUCAGUCCCGAAGAACUAAGGCAUGCCGUAUCGUCCAUAAAAACUAAUUUUAGGGGCAAGUUUGAAGAUCAAGGAGAACAAGAUUUGUACUCAUGCCUCCAAUUAUUUGCUAAGCAAGGUCUUGUAUCGGAGGACAAUCUGACUUUGUUGGAGGGGUUUUUAAGCCCGAAAGCGUCCAAGAAAAAGUCGCUAAAGGAAAAAAUUCAACAAUUUAAGGAAAACCGCCAACAAGAAGUCAGUUCUGGAAAGGAAGAACCAGGUUUGACCGGUAGGGAACGUGACCUAGAGAAAGUUAUGGCAAUGUUGACAACAGGAAGUUCGCGUGUUGUCAAUUUGCAUGGAAUUAGUGGAGUAGGCAAGACGAAAUUGGCAAUAGAAACUGUUUCAAAGUGGCCGGGGAGGAAAUUCAAGGCCGAUUUUAGAGAAAUCACUGAGAUGAAAGACGUUCAUUUUCACGUUUUAAACGCUUUAGCACCAGACAAAACGAACAUAAGCUUCGAAGCAAAUCUAGUAGUGGAAUUAAUGCAACAGUUGAGGCAAGCAGAGCAAAACAGUGACAUAUUGCUGUUCCUUGAUAACGUCGAUAAAUUUGCAGGAGGAGAUGAUGAAGCUUCCACCUUCCUUAAUGCCAAUUUUGUGAAAUUUCUGCAAGGACUUCUAGGUCCAAAGGAUUAUCCGGGGAAAUCGAAACUGAAGAUUUUGUUGACAUCAAGAUCAACACUUCGUCACGCGAAGUUGGCCAACUUUGACAAUUACGAAGUUAUGGCUUUAGAGAAAAUUUCAUCAAGUGUCUUAUUCCAAAAUCAGGGAAUUGGCAGCGUUCGAGAGGAUCAAAUGGAGAAACUGCUGCAGAUUUGCCAAGGGAAUCCCCUCAUCAUCAAGGGAAUGGCAGCAAUCUUGAGGCAACAAAUAACCAAUGACACCAGGAUUUUGGAAACGAUUGAGCAGCCACUAGCAGCCGAGCCACCAGAGUCGGGAAUACCAGCAGCAGAGGAGAGUCGAGAGAGAGACGUAUUUGACUCCGAAAAGGAAGGCAUUGAUAAAGAGCAAGAAAGCUGUUUAAGAAAAAUGUUUUUCUUCUUGCCUAGUAAACAGUUAAAAGAUUCUGCCAUUUCGAUGUCACUGUUCUGUCGCUCUUUCUCUGUCGAAGCAGCAGCCGAAGUCCUUGGAGUGGACUCGUCAGAAGCGGUUAUACAACUAGAAGGUCUCAGGAAUAGUGAAGUGCUAACGAUAGACCCUGACGUGAAAGAACUCACCUAUGACAUUCACCCUCUGGUGCGAACAUUUCUGAGAAGCAUUGGUAGUAACCAAAAAAUGUUCGUCAAAGUUUACGAGAAGGCAAAAGGCAGGUUUCAUACAUAUUUCAUGUCCAAAAUGAUAGACAUUUCAAGGCUUUUGGACAAAGACUACAUGAAUGCCUUCGAUAAUUUUGAUCUUGACAAACCAAACUUUGAACUUGCUUUGGAUAUUUCUUUCAAGUCAGACCAUCUUCUUAUCCCAAAAGAGCAUCGUGAAAGUGUUAUGAUCUUUUAUCUCUUCGAGGCCAUGCUUGACGAAAAAGCAAGAAAGAACAUUUUUAAUUGCUGGGCCGAAAAGGUCGAGGAUGAUGGAAAGGAAGGUUCCUUGCUUCGAGCAGAACUAAAAUGCCGCGAAACGUUGUUGGUUCUUAAACUUGAAGGAUGGCAGAGAGCAUUGACGGUCGCGAGGAGAGCGAAAGAGUCGCUUAGCAAAGUGCAGAAGGAAACUAAGAGCACAGAUUCCUUUAGGUUGACCAAGAGUUCCUACCUGUUCUCUUGGGGUGAAGUAUAUUACAGAGCAGGGAAUAUGUCAAAGUCACUGAGGAUUUUUCACAAGGCGCUGAAGAUAAUGGAAAAUGAACUUCACAGCCAUACAAGCACUUCAAGGUGCUUAAACGGCAUUGGAAACUGCCACAACAAGCUAGGACAGUAUGACGAGGCCAUAAAGUACUACAUGAGAGCAUACGAUAUGAGACAACAGCUCUCUGGCUCAGUGAAACAUUUUGACAUGCCCUUCUUCAAAGGACAGAUCGGGACGGUUUAUGAAGGAAAGAAACAAUUUGAAAAGGCAAUCGAAUACUACAAAGAAGCCUUAGAGCUCGCUAAGGAACUAAAAAUCCCAGGCAUGGUGAACACUGCCCAGUACAAUCGAAACAUUGCUAAUGCGUACUGUUGGUUGCAAAACUUUAAAGACGCCUACCAACCUGCAAAGAACGCUUUCGAGAUCCGGAAGGCCAUUUUGGGAAGGCACCCUGACACUGCUCGAAGUGCUUUCCAAAUGGCGCAGAUUUGUCGAUACUCGGAGGACUCUGACGCAGCGAAAGAGUUUUAUGAGGAAGCAUGGGAGAUUGAGAAGUCUCUGGGCCAAGGAAACCACAGCGAGGUCAUGGUCAGAAUCGUUGAGAGCUCCGAAGGGUUCUUUCUUGAAGGAAAGAGGAAAGAUCAGUUUCGACAAGAAGUAUUCGACUUUUUUCUACGCUACUGGGACGAAGAAAGAGCCUUCGAAGGGUUUGAAUUUUCUCUCGCCAAUAAGACAGUUAUUGAUUCAAUAAACGAAAGGCUUGGUGAAUUUGGCGACCGUCAAACACAGGAGAGAUACCAAAAAGAAGCUCUAUGGUUUUAUGAAGGCGCGUGGAAUUCACCCGACGCGAGAAAGUUACCAGACACCGUCAGAGAGGAAAUUCUGCAAACUCUCUGUAGGCUCUGUAAACAGCUUCACGAGAAAAGUAAGGCCGAAAAGUACAGUAACGAAGCCUUUCGAUUUUAUGAAAAGAAGUGGAAAAAAAACAAGGUCGGAAUGUCAAAGCGCGAUAGAAUCGACAUUCUCACCACUCUUGUAGAUAUGGCUUCAACACAGACGAAAGAGAAGAAGAAACAAAAGUAUAAGAGUUUGUUAAAGAAAGCCAAACAGAGUGGAACUUUGAUGGGAACUGUAAAAGGAUUCCUUUCUUUUGGAGCAAAAGCUGAACAGCUGUCUAGUGAGGACGAUGACGAUGACGAUGAAGUUGACAUUCCUUCCGAUGAUGAUGAUGAUGAUGAUCUCGAUAGUAACAGUGGUAGCGAAGAGAUUCCAGAGGCCAGUGGGCAAGUGCAACAACUAACAAUUCAGGAAGAAGAUGGCGAAGAGUUAGAAAGUGAGCAGGAACAAGAACCAGAUAGGAUAAAGAUACACGAAGGAACACUCACUAGCGAGGACGUGCAUUGGAACAUCAAGCUAGGGGCUGUAGAUCUAGCCUUCCCUUGUGAUGCUGUUUCUGAGCUCACCAUGAUAACGGUCCAUCGAUGGAAACCAACGGUCCUGUCCCCGCCUUUGCGGGAGCACGAGGCUCUCGUCAGCAACGUAAUUGAAAUUUCUUCGAACAGUCACGAAGCUUUCAAAUUCGAAGCUGAGGUUAAGAUGUCAUUCACUCACAGUUCUCCCGGCCUACACGGCUACGAGUUGGUGUUGUACAAACGGAUUGACAACGAGACCGGUGCAUGGGAAGAAAUGACCAAUGUGGAAGACUUCAAAACUAUCUCAGAUUUUGAAGAAGAAUACCAAUCUAGCCAAGACAUUCCCAAUUUACACUUUCCUAUUGUGCAAGCGGAUAUAACAGAAUGUGCCACAUAUGCUGUUGUGAGUCGUCUGCAUCUUUCCCCUGAAUUCACGAUCACAUCAAAUGGUGGUUCCUUUUUCAUGCCUGAAUAUCCAAGUAUAGGUAUUACUAUCCCGGAAAAGGCUGUUACUUCGAAAACAAGGAUUCCUCUUCGAAUGAAGGUGCAAGAAGUACCAGGUGAAGAGUUUAAGGCUAACGAUAUACUUAUUGGACCUAUACUGCGAAUAGUUUGCGACGAAACGGUUGAGUUCUUGAAGCCUGUUACCAUAACGCUGCCAGUUUCGUUGGGAGACACACACCAUGACUUUCCUGAUCCAACGGCAUGCCGGGUAAGAAUAUUGUUUUUGAGUUCUGAUGGUGAACAGAGGGAAUGGAAGGAAAUCACUGACGAUUUGAAGAACCCAGUGACGUUUGACGGCAUGACAGUUAAAUUUCAGGUGGAACGCUUCUCUGGGUAUUCGUGUCUUAUUGACUGGUGUGCAGAUAGCUUCAGUUAUCAAAGCGUUAGCGGAUAUCUAUCGAGACUUAUUCGGAUCCAACAUCAGCUGGCAGUUUUCUUCGCCUACUUCCCUCUGGAAGACCGCCCUGAUUCUCAAGACAUCUUGUACCUAAUUUGCUGCCCGUCUCAACUUAAAGAAAAGGUGCGGGCUGAAAUUACGAAUCAAGCUAAUGCGCCUACUCUGAGCGAUUCAAGCUCCCGCAUCAGUAUGAUUCCUGGGCGUGAUAGGGCUUACGUCUCCCUCAUAGGAGGGAUCAGAGCGAUUGAGGAAGAAGACAUGGACGAAUUUUAUCUCCA